UUAUGAUGAAAAAGUUGUUUGGUGGGAAUCCUUAAUCCUAGUGCUGAUGUAUUUCAUCUACAUUCUUAUCAUGAAAUUUAAUGCCAAUCUUCGGCAUAUGUUUGAACGGAGGACAAAGAAUGUAACAAAUAUGGUGAAUGGAUUAGCAAAUAAUACUGAGAUGGAUGACAGCAGUAAUUGUGAUGCUACAGUGGUAUUACUAAAGAAAGGUUCCAGAAAUUUCCACCACAAAGCCUCUGUAAUCAUGGUGGAUGAGUUGCUGUCUGCAUAUCCACACCAGCUAUCCUUUUCAGAGGCUGGACUCCGGAUUAUGAUCACAAGUCACUUUCCUCCCAGAACCCGGCUCUCCAUGGCCAGUCGCAUGUUGAUCAAUGAGAGACAAAGAUUAAUCAACAGCCGAGUGUAUACCAAUGGAGAAUCAGAGAUAGCCAUCAAGGUCCCUUUCAAACAUACCAUGGAGAAUGGAUCAGGGCUCAACAACUCUGCUAAAGGAAGCACGAAUGGAACCAGGAGAGAUGAGGAGGCUGCUGCAGGUGGCAAUGAAACAGAGAACGAAAAUGAUGACAAUGAAAACAAUGAGAAUGAUGAGGAGGAGGAAGAUGAUGAUGAUGAUGACGACGACGACCAAGGCCCUUACACUCCUUUUGAUCCACCAU